CGGGCACGCGUCGCUCGCUGAUCGACCUCGCACGGGAUGGCCACGAUGGUCGGGGUAUUCGUGUCAUCGAUGCACGUCGGGGCGGUUCGCGCCAUCGCUCGUCGCGUGCCGGGAGCGCCUCGAGAAGGGGCGCGGGUGUUCGUCCUAUCCACAGCCAAACGCCCAACUGGCGCGGCGCGGCUGAUGACGGGUCGGAGGAGUGGGAACACGGGGGGAACGCGGGUGCGCGCGUCCAAGGAUGACGAAACCGCGGUGAAGGAUGUCGAAAAGAGGCGACGCGCGCAUCCCUUUGACGACGAAACCGCUCCGUCCACGGCGUCCACACCCGCCGAUCGCGACGUGGCCGACGACGAGCCCGUCAACCUCGUGGAGGAGUUCAAGCGAGGGAUGGACUUUGGUAACUCGAUGAAGGAGAGGUUCACCACCGCGCGCAUCGACGACCGGGGCCUGCCCAUCGCCGACGCGCUCGUGUGCGUCACAGCGUCGGUGUUCGUGGCGACGAUGGUGCUGGCGCUGGGCAUCCCGCGGCCGUCGUGGCUGGUGCCGGCGCCGUGGGUGCCCAGGUGGAGGUCGCUGCCGUUCCUGGUGCCGGCGGUUUCGCACGGAACCAAGCUGGCGGCGUGCUGGAUCCCGGGCGCGCUCGCGGCGAGGGCGUACGAGUCCGAGGCGUACGACGGGUCCGUGGAGGAGGCCGUGAGCCGGACGGUCAAAGGAGGUUGUUUCGCGAUCGGCAUCCUCAUCCUGAUCACGCAGUUUUCGAUCACCGCGCAGUUUGCGGCGAAGGGGAUGCCGCCGCCGCAGCUCGGGGACAGCUACGAGACGGACCUCAUCUUGAACGGCGCGGCGAGUGAGCUGAUCGCGGACUCGUUCUUUGAGGCGGUGGCGCUGAUCGGGUGGAGGAUCGUCAGGUGCAAGACGGACAUUCCGCCGGAUGAUCCGAGCAACACGCGGUGGUACGACUGAGUUUGCGUCUGCGUAGAAUGCGAUUUUUUUUUGUCAACGGGAGCGAAGCGAUCGUU